AUGACAACAGGAAGUGAUGAAAUCAUAGCCCGAGGUCUCUGUCUGCUGCUCAGACCACACAUGCCCAGUCGACAUCCAGACACCAUGAAGGUGGCCCCUCUGCUCGUCCUCCUCGGUGUGUGUGUGCUGCUGCAGUCUGCACUGACUGUUUCUGCAGUGUCUCUGUCUGUCAGCCCAAACCUUCAGCAGUUCUUCAGUGGGACUUCUUCAGUGUCUCUGAGUUGUGUUGAUGAUGGACAGACAGUUGAUGGAUGGACAGUGAAGAGGACCAGAGGAGGACUCACUGAGGACUGUGGAGCAGCUGCAGGUUUUCGGGAGUUUAAAAGUUACUCCUGCAUCCUCUCAGACAUCUCCGAGUCAGACUCUGCAGGUUACUGGUGUGAAACCAGUUCUGGACAGAGGAGUGAUCAGAUCAACAUCACUGUAACUGAAAAACAUCUUAUCCUUGAGGUUCCUGCACUUCCUGUGAGGACAGGAAGUGAUGUCACACUGCGCUGCAGACAAAGGAAUGGUGACACAGUUCAGGGUUAUUUCUCCAUCAAAGGAAGUUCUGUUGGUCCUAAACGAGAGCACAGCAUCACUAACAUCACACAGGCUGAUGAAGGUCUUUACUGGUGCUCUACUGAUGACGGUGGAAAGUCUCCUCAGAGCUUUCUGAGGGUCAGAGAUCCUCAUCCUCCUCAAAACCCAUCUCCCUCCUCUCCUCCUGUAAACUCUCCUCUUUCUUUUACUCUUUCCAUUCACCCCCCAGCCUCCUCCCCCACUCCUCCCUCUCUCCUGGUCACAGUUGUAGCAAGUCUCGUCUCUGUGGUUGUCUUGGUUCUAGUUGUGGGUGGAGUUCUGUUCUUCUGCAGGGAAAUCAAAGGAGGUCGGGGAGCAGACCUGUGGAGGUGUGGAGGUGACGGCUGUCUGAGACGGAGCGUCUGCCUCUGCUGCCUGUUUCUGCUGACUGCUGCAGGUGUGUGUGUGCUGCUGGUGAGGGGUUUUUUUAUUUUUUCUAUAGGUCCUCCACUUCUUUUUUCUGAGUCUGUGCUCAGACUCUUCUGCCAUCUAGUGGUCUUCUGUCUGUACUGCAUCUCUACUGGUCUGCUGCUGUCCGUCUGCUGUAGCAGGAAGACACGGGACAAACAACCUGUUUCCAUGGAGAUGACCCAGCGUGAUGGAGAAGGUCAGCAAUUGCAGCCAUUGGAUGAAGAGUGUGAUGACUUUACUGCUAAUGUCACCACUGAGCAUGCCUUCUGAGCUGCAGAGGCUGUUUUGCCAUGAAGUUGUGUUUGCUUUCAUGGUGGAUGUUCCUGAGUGUUCCUGGAUUCAUGUAUUCAUAACUUUGAUAUGUAGCUGCUGAAGGUGAAUUCUUUAAAUGACUCCAACCUCUGCUGGGCUGUGUAUGAGCAAACAAACAUCUUA